AUGACUGCCAACAAUCAGACAAUGUCCAUUCUUUCACACCAGCAGCAGUUACAAAACCAGCUUCAGCUGAAGCAACUCCAAACUCAGGAGCAGAAACAGCAGGAGCAGCGUACCAAGUCUCUUAACUCCAACAAGUCUGCGGAACUCGCAAACUUGGUCAGCGAGAAAACUCCCCAAAAAAGAAAAGAUCCAAGGGACCCACUAGCAGUUCAAAUUCCAACCACCGCUAAUCCAACUGAGAUUUUAGCAUCUCGUUUCAACUCUUGGCGAAAUGUGAUUAGGGCGCUGCUAGUCUACUUGAAAGACGUCGUUUCUGUUCACGAGGAAGUAGUCCGUCAACAAGUCCGACUGCAACAGUCCUUGAGUUUCCCCUUUACCACACAAGGGCUCAACGGAGAUUUAUAUCAACCCAUCACGACCGGGAAAUCAAAUUCUGCCGGCUCAGAUGGUGCUGGUCCUGCUGAUAAUUUUGCUGCUAUUCAAAACUUUUUCUUACCGCUGGGUAAUGGAUCCAUUUAUGACCUUCCUUCCAUUUUGCUACAAUUUCACUCCAGUUAUGCUGUCAACGCACAGAAAACUAUCCGCGAACUCAAUAGUACUGUGAUUCCUCGUCUUGAAGAACUACGUAGAGAUUUGUUGGUGAAAAUCAAGGAGAUCCGUGGUCUUCAAUCUGAUUUCAAGAACAACGUAAACAAGGAAGUUUUAACAACGAAGCAAGAGUUGACGGCAUAUCAAUCUUCCAUUGAACUGGUCUCGAAACAUCCAAAUAAUGUGCAACCUAAGAAUGAUCCUUAUCUAUUGAGGACACAGCUAGACAGACAAAUCAAGAGACAAAUUCAAGAGGAAAACUUUCUUCACGAGGCUUACUUAAACUUACAGAGCUCGGCAAAAGAGUUAGAAAAAGUCAUCUUUCUUGAGGUUCAAAGUGCCCUAACCGUCUACGCCAAGUUGCUGGGCAAACAGGCUCAAACUAUUUUCGAUGUUUUGAUUACCAAGUUGGAUAACGGCUUCCUCACUAAGGAACCAUCUUUUGAGUGGGACAGCUACAUAUCUAGGGAACCCAAUUUCAUUGAUCCCAACCUUCCCAUGAGACAUUAUCGUGAUCUCGUUUACCCUCAUAAUAACUCUCCUUUGAGUUUUGAGAUUCGCUCGGGAUACCUCGAGAGACGUUCCAAGUUUUUGAAAUCUUACUCUAAAGGCUGGUAUGUGCUUACGGCCACAUUCUUGCAUGAGUUCAAAACGCCAGACCGCAAGAGGGAUCCUAUUCCAGUUAUGUCAUUGCCUUUGAAUGACUGUCAGAUUACGGAACACUCCAAAAUGGACACAGUGAACCCUGACUCGUGGCAUAAAUUUGUAUUGCAUGCUAAGCAGAAUGGUAUCAUAAACAGGGGUCAUAACUGGGUGUUCCGUGCUGAGGGUUACCAGGAGAUGAUGAAAUGGUACAACGAUAUGAAGCAAUUAAUUGCGCUACCUACUCCUCAAGCCCGUAGUUCUAUUGCCGCCCAAAGAGAGUCACAGAGAGUACAGGUGAAACAAUCAAAGCGCCACUCUAAAGCUGGUUCUCUUCUUUCAUCUUCAACUGUACCAUCAGAUAAGGGGCACCAGCAUUCUACUCAAUACGACCAGCUGAACACAGUUCUAAGUUUGCCUCAGAAUGUUCCUGGCUCAGAGGGCAAUCAAGCUCCAUACUUUGAGAACUCACAAAGGAAUGGUCCCCAAUCUCCACGAUCCGGAGCGCAAGCUUCUGGUAACGACUACACCACCUACGCUCAGCAAUUACCCAACCAAGAUGCUGCUCAGGUGCCACAAGGGUUCAAUUACGCCCCUGAAGUGAGCGCUCUUGGAAUCUCGACUCAGGUCGACGACGAGUCAGGAAAUGAUCGUAGAUCUUUGGAGACUGCCUCCAAUCCAAACUUAACAGAUCCAGACCAUAUUCGAAGCACAACUGAAGAUACUUUAAACACUUUAACUCCAAAAGUGAAUGGAUUAAAGGUUGACUCGGACAAGGAUGCUAGACCUGUCUCCACUAACAACAUUCUAGUGGAUGACUCUUGA